GAUGGUACCAAAAUCAACAAUCAAAUGUGAUCUUACAAACGAAAAAACCGUAUUAAUUGAUCUUGAUCAAAUGUUUAAUUCUCUGAAUUCUGUGAGAGAAAUUUAUGGAUCAAGCGAUUCGAUUAAUCAAAUAUUAAAUUCUAAUUAUGAAAUUUUGGGUGACGAUUUCAAUAUAAACAUUCAAGAUCAUUCUCAAAAUAUGUUUAGUUAUCCCAUAUCUGCAGGAGAUCACAUUAAUCGGGAUGUUCUGAAUACAUAUGAACAAGAUGUUAUAAUGCAAGAAAAUGAGCCACCACUUUUAGAACCCAUCUUAAACCUUGGGUCAGCAUAUGUAAUUGGAGAAAAUUCUUUAAAAAAUUCACAGUCUGCAGAGCCUGAUGAAAUAAUAAUUAAACAAAGAUCUUUGAUAUCCGAAUCCCAAUACACUACUUCACCUGCUGAUAAAGAAAAUAAAGGUUCAAGUUCUCAACAGCAGCUUCAACAAUCAAGUCAUUUAUUAUUAGAUGUUCAACCUCAAGAUUCUCAUCGUGUCAAAACGGAAGAUGAAAACGUUCCUGUGGCUUUUUUGACACAAGAACAUCAUGUAGCAGAGACCAAAAAUACUUUCGUCGAUACAGUUAAAACAGAGGGAAGUGUAGCAGAUGAUUUUGGUGCUUUAUAUAAGUUCCCGGAGGCAUCCGGAGAGUCGAAUAGUACUGGAACUAAGGACU